UUUGCUUUUAAUUAAACUUAACAUAAUUAUUGUAGUAAAGCACAAUAUUUGCGACACCCGUUAUUGUUCGAGAAUGUCUUCCAACUCAAAGUAAUUAAGUACCUUCGGCAGUUCACUAAGAAACCAAUUUGCUGUUAUUUCCAUGGCAAAUUGGUUCAGUUUAGGUCUAAAAAUUAGAUAUUAUGAAUGUUGGAGUCUCACCUUCAUUUCAAAAAUGUUUUUGUAGAUUAAUACGACGUACAUAAAUUGGUAAGCUGUAAUGUAGUGUAGUCUAAUUAGAGUUGCCUAUACCUUUAAACUUUGAUACAGCAACCUGCCUCUAUCCUGUAUUUCUAUACAUUUUGUAUAAAUAAAGGAAUAAUGAUAGAAGUUAAGUAAAAAGUCUAUGAAAAAUAUAAUCGAUAAAAAUGGAAUCACAAAACAUAUGGGAAACAGACAUGGCUGGUAACAAUGUCAACACCAUAAAAGAAGAACUCAAUACUAACAUCACACUGGACUUUGACCCAGAAUAUGAUGGGGAAACUUUGAAUCCAGAAGAAAACAUUGACGAUGAUCAAUUGAAUGUUAAGGAAGAGUACAUAAUGCCCAACUAUGAAUCUGAUCAUGAACAUAUUGAAAAAUCAAACAUUGAUAUCACAGAGGCAGUGUCUAAUAAAUUAGUCUCACAUCUAGAAAGUAUAACAGGGCAGAGUAACUUCUCAAAAAAUGCAGACGUCAAAAUGGAACAGUUUGACAAUUUAACAGAUGAGUACCCCAACAUUGACGAUGGAUCCAUGGACAGUGAUGAAGCAAGGGCUCUUAAUAAUGUGGAAGCUUGUUUGCAAGAUGAAAUAGACAUUAAACAUGAACAUAAUGUGGAACACCUUAAAGAAGAUCUACAAACCUUUAUCAAAAGAGAUCCAGAUUUAACAGUCACUGAAACCAACUUAAUAUCAAACAAGGUAAUCAACACAACAUCAACUAUAACUAAUCCUCAUGCAGGUAUCAUUCAAUCUGAAACAACAAAGACAUUAGUUAUGGAAAUACACCCCAUGGUACAAGGUGUUAAAAUACCAAUGCUUCGAAAUCCUGAAGAAAUAUUAUCUACAAGUUAUUCUACAGAUAGUAUGUUGCAUGAAGAAUCCUUCCAACUUAAUUCUAUAACUGGUAAUGUAUUAUCACUCGAGCAAGAAGCUUAUGGGUUGUUAAAAGAAGGACAUUGUGACUACAAUGACAAAAGAUACCAUUGUGAAAAGUGCCCCAAAUCUUAUUCAAAAUCAAAAGGCUUAAGAGAACAUAUGAAAGUCCAUGAUACGAUAGAGAGAAGAGCAUUGGGCGUUAUAAAAGGUUUACAGACCAAGAAAGCGAACUUGGAGAAACGAUUGUAUGGUGUACAGAAAAGGGUUAAAAAGAUUGAUAUACAGGCUUUAAAGAAAAAAAUGGAAAGGUCAGAAAGGGCGGAAAAUCGGACUAAAGUAAAAUCUGAAAGAAAACCUAAUUUAAAAAAAGAAAAGAGUGAAAAAUUAGCUAAUCUCAAAAAGGAAACUGAAGAAAAAAUCACCAAUCUUAAAAAGGAAUUGGAAGAGCAACCUAGUGACGUACAAAAAGAUGGGCACAAAUGUAUAUGUGGAAAAAUAUUUAAGAGGAAAAGUAGUUUAUUAGCAUGUUUGAGAUCUCAUGAAAUAUCCACAGACGCAAACUCUUGUUUUCCAUGCAUUUCGUGCACCAAACAAUUUAAGGACAAGGAAGAACUGGCGGCGCAUCGACGACGCAUGCAUAGAAAGCGUUUCCCAUGCAAAUUUUGCCCAACAGACUAUAACACGCGAAAAGAACUGUUCAAACAUCUUCAGAUACACCAAAAAGUUCAACUGACGGAAUAUAAAGUGAUAUCUGAAUUUGUUAAAGGGAAGCAAAAGCUAAAGUGUUUUAUGUGCUCGAAAAGUUUUUCAGAACUAUCAGACUUGAAGUACCACGUCAUGGAAGACCACCAAGAGCCUUAUAUUUGUCCUCAUUGCAAUGGAACUUUUGCGAAAAUAAUAGAUUUCGGAAAUCACACUAAAGCAUUCCACCCAGAGGUCGAAGGAAAGUCAGUUUUGGAUGUUCUCGAAGCUUUUUCGAAGUUGGUACAAGCUUGGAAAUGCGAGGAUUGCAAUGAACAGUUUCACGAAGCCGACAAGUUUGCUAUGCACCAGGUAGAGAAACACAGUCCAGAUGUUAAAGACAGAGAUCAAUUUCAAUGUGAGGACUGUCGACGCAUGUUCAUCAGUCAGAAAGGAUUAACAUCCCACAAAAGAAUACAUCACAACACAGAAGUCAUGGAGGAGACAGAACCUCAAGAACAAGGCGUAAUGUGUGUUGAAUGUCGAAAAAUAUGUAAAGACGACAACGCUUUGGCGUCUCACAUGCGCCUACACUCCCCAGAGAGGCAGUAUCCGUGCAAAUUCUGUGAUUUCCGUUUCGCAACUUCAGAAAAACUCAAAAACCACUCCGAAAUACACACCGGCGAUAUGAAAUACGUGUGUUUCAUUUGCGAAUAUCAGUGCAGUUCGGAGAACAGGUUGGAACACCACAAGAUGUCGCUAAAGCACGCGAACAUGAAAGAAUUUUUGCGGACGGGGAAACACUUGCUGGAGGAAGAGAGUACAUCUAAGAAACGGGAGUCCAAACAAGACGACAGAGAAGUUAAAAAAAGGAAGGAGCACAAAGACAAGAAAAAAGAACACAAAGAUAAGAAAAAGGAACACAAAGAUAAGAAAAAAGAACACAAAGAUAAGAAAAAAGAACAUAGAGAUGUUAAUGAAGAAGCGGGUUGUUCUAAAGAGGAGACGGUGAUAUGUGACGUGUGCGGCGGCAUGUUCGCGAGCGAAGAGUUGAUGGUUGAACACAAAGAAACGCAUCCCUUUAUAGUGUUCCCUAAUGAAGACACGCCUACUAGAAUAUUCUUUAAGUGACCACUCUUGCCAUUGGUUGUAGGUUAUAUUUAAGUGUUACACUUCAUUAUGUUCCCAAUCAUUUGUUUUAUUCAAUAUACUUUACUUUUUAUUUGAAACUCCGAAGUUAUUAGUUCUCUCGAGAAAUUCCGUAUAGAGAAAUUGGGAAAACGAUGGUGUACGUCAAAUUAAGCUAAUUAAAAGGUAACAGGAGGUUACAGAGCUGCAAUUUUAGGUUAGGUACUCAUAUCGUCAGAUUUUCGAAAUGUAAAAUUUCGAGCUAGCUAACCUUUUUUGGGUUUUUACUGCAGGUAAAAGCCAUGAGGGUCAAAACUCCAUAGUUACUUAGCAUACUGAAGGAACAUCAGCUGAUGAAUUUUUAGCUUUUAUAAUAUGACGAAAAUCUAGAGGCCAUAUUAAAAUAUUAGACUGAAAUUUAUUUAAGUAAAAUAUGGCCAAUAAUACCUUAAUAUACUGAUUUUAGCGGGCUGAAAUCAAUGAUUUUAUUAAAUUUUUCAAAUUGAUAUUUAUUGAACUAUUAACCGACUUCAAAAAAAAGGAGGAGGUUUCUCAAUUCUACCGUAUAUAUUUUUUAUCUUUACAGAUCUUUAGGAUAUACUCGUAGGUACAAUUUAAUGUGGAAUAUGAUUCUCAUUUAGAUUAUUUUAAUUGUUAUUAUUUAACUAUAUUAUUUAAUUAUAUAACUAAUGAAGUGUAACAUAUUGUUUUAAUGUUAUAUCACAAUUUAUACAACACAUUAUUUUUCGGUAUCUCCAGGCAUGUGCUGCCUGUUUUAAAACUAGUCUCAAAUUAUGUAAAUUGUCUAUUUAAAUUUACUGGAUUUUAGGUAACUCUUUUAAAUUUUUAAUUUUAUAAAGUUAAUUAAAAAAGAAUUAACAUAAAUUUAUUCCUAAAUUGUCUAAAUCCUAUUCGUGGUAUGCUAGCGCCAAUUUAUAAAUCUUCGGCCUUCACUUCUUCAUUUUCUUAACUUCACUAUCUUAAGGCAAAUGCUUCAUAUUAUGAGACAUACACUAAAUUCUGUAUUUAUUUUUUAUAUUCAUCAUUAUCAACCCAUUUUCGGCUAACUGCUGAGCUCGAGUCUCCUCAGGCGAUCUAAACGAAAUAUAUUUAUUAACAUAUUAAAUUUGAUUUAAAAAACUUUUCAUCCAAUAAACAGAUGGGUGAAGGUCGUUUUUAAUACAAAUCUUGGAAUAUACGGGCUUAAGCAAUACUUUUUUAAACUGAAAUUAUUUAUAUGCAUCUCAUAUUAUAAGAGUUACCUAAAAAUUACAGAUAUUAGAUUAUUUAAAUUGUUAAUAUACCAGUGCCUGUUAUUAUAUAUAAGUUAUUUACAUCACAGUGUUAGUCAAAAAAGUGUAGCUAUUUAAAACGGGUCCAUACAUUGAAUGAGUCAUACUAUUUUAUAUUAGAAGAAAGCAUUUUAAUAAAUUUGAUUAUAUAUUAAUGGGAUAGACGGCAGAUAAAUAUAUUUUUUUCAUUGUAUUUAAGUAAGGAAUAAAUAUCACCUAAUCUAUAUUAUUAUAUAGAAAUUAGACAGUUCGCGUGGAUAUGUUUGGCGCAAACUAUAGUGCCAGAAACUUUUCGCCAUAUUGUAAAACAAUGAUAUUUUACACUAGAUAUGUUACGUGCCUACAAAAUCACCGCAAAAAGUGACCCGAAUUUAGCUACUCCACUGAGCGCACACAUUCACAAUAUUGUGUUUACUUACAUCUUUGCUGGUCCCCAUAACUUCAAGGUUGACGAGUCCAUUUAUAGGAGCCAAACUGCAUAAGUAAUAUUUUUUUAACUAAAAAAUUAAAAAUAUUUAUGUUUUCAUACAGAAUAAUUCAAAUAGUUCCAACUAUCCAUGUUACACACGCUUUUAUAUUAUAUACUUUCAAACACGAAGGUCACAAAGGUCAGGUUUUAAGACAAUAAUUUCCUGAACACACAACUCGACGUUUUAGAUAAUAUUUAGGUUGAUAUUAUUUGUUUAUAAAUAACGUUGUUUACCUACUAUGCGAUAAUUAGUCACCUUUGUUUGCCUCACUUUCGCCGCGUUAGUGACAUAUCUAAUAGUAUAAAAUCUUUGGUAAAACAUAAAUGCGCGACAACGUCACUGUUCCAGCUAAGUUUGUGUCACUAUAUGAAUUAUACACUGGUAUUUUUGCGCUCCGCGAUUGACAUUGUCGACCAAUAGCGCCGAACCGGAAAUAUUGCUUUCUUUCGUUGCGAUGGGACAAAAGCGACAUUUCCACUUCGGCCUCCAUUGUUCGUCUUUUUCUCAAAUAAAAAAAAUAUAUUCGUGGCGCGAAUCUUAGCCCUGAUAGAGCUCGAAGAUGAAGGGACAAGAGUUCUGAUGAUUAUAUACUCCUUGGUCAUUCUAAUUUUAUGACCGAAAGAGUAAUAUGUAGAGUGAAUCUAUCGCCCGAUACAAUGUCUAUGGUCUGCAGCAGCUCUAAUGCAUCACAUAUGACGAAAGUAUUCAAUUUAAAAUUACACAUUCAAUGUAUGGCCCCAAGUGUAAUAUAAGAGGAAAUAAAAGUCAUGGAAAAUAUUAAAA